AUGAGCGGACCAACAAAAAAAGUGGUGGAUGUUGCAUUCAAAGCCGGCAAGAACAUUGAUUGGGAAGGUAUGGCUAAGCUUCUCGUCUCCGAUGAAGCUCGCCGUGAAUUCUCCGGUCUCCGUCGCGCUUUCGACGAGGUUAACACCCAACUCCAAACAAAGUUCAGCCAGGAGCCUGAGCCGAUAGACUGGGAAUAUUAUAGGAAAGGAAUUGGCCCUCGUUUGGUGGAUAUGUACAAGGAGGCCUAUGAGAGCAUCGAGAUCCCCAAGUUUGUUGACACAGUAACUCCUCAAUAUAAGCCUAAAUUUGAGGCACUGUAUGUUGAGCUUAAAGAAGCAGAGGAGAAAUCUUGGAAGGAGUCUGAGCGUUUGGAAAAGGAAAUUGCCGAAGUACAAGAGUUGAAGAAAAAUAUCAGUACCAUGACAGCAGACGAGUACUUUGCCAAGCAUCCUGAGCUGAAGAAGAAAUUUGAUGAUGAGAUUAGGAACGAUCAGUGGGGCUAUUGA